GUAGUCAUAAGAACGAAAGGAACCGUUUCAGUGUUUUCAUAAAAAAAUACUUCGAAUAUGAGUUCGAUACGAUCGUGCGUGGUUUUGUUAGUGUUACUAGUGCAGUUUCAAUCAAUUAUUUCAAAGCCCUUUUUCAUGAAUUUAAUAUGCGACUUCAUCUGUGAUGAUGACGAUGACACAUCAUCAACCACGACGAGUUCAAGUACAGAAGAUGAUUAUUUCGACUUCUGUGACUGUACUCCGACAACACGGCGCCCAAACAACAAUCGUCGUCAACCUUUUGCCCCAUCACAAUUCAACAUUAGGCUACCGCCUUCAAAUGGAAUGAACCUCAGCAUGAUCAACACAAACGGUAUAUGGUCAUUCGGCUUGGACGCUCUUCAAAAUCAAAAUGGACAAGCACCACCUUUCGCCAAUGGUCCUACUACACUCGCUCCGACAACUGCUGCUGGUGGCACCACUGCUGCAGGAACAACCGCAGCUGCUACCACUGCUAAAAAAUAAAUAGAUUUUUGUCUGUAUGUACUGGGAUUCGUUAAAUGACUGAAUUAUAACGCAUAUAAAAAAUCAAA